AAGAGGAAGAGAGAAUGGUGAAGGAGAAGGGGAAUGAGAAGGGAAAGGGUGCUGGUAAGGAGAAUGGGAAGCCGAAGGGUGCUGGUAAGGAGAAUGGGAAGGCAAAGGCAAAGGAAAAGAGCUUGAAUUACCUAAUUAGGCAAGAUUCGGCGCUGCCUCCUCUAGUUCCGAGGAAGAAGAGCAAACCUAAGGUGCAGAUUAAGAAGGCGAAAGACUUUCCCAAUGCCCCAAUGGGAGAGUUAAUUUAUGACUACAGGAGUUCGUUAAAACCGGUUAUGGUGGAGGCAUUAGUUUGUGGUGCAAGUUAUAUAAAGGGUGCUCACGUUGACUUGAAUCUGGUGCCGAGGGAUGAGAAUGAAGAGGAUGAUGUUGAAACCAUCAAGUUACCCAUCGUGGAGGAGAUCAACGAUUGGUAACAAUUCUUCCUACAUGUUUCACUUGGUAUACGAUACCAAACAUUAUUUAUGUGAAUGUUGCUUAUCUUGUAGACACUCAUCAUGUGGAUGUUGAUCUUGAUCUUGCUAUUUUGGAGACGAAUGUCAAAGUGAUCUUUCUCAUGGGAAGGCUACUUUUGCAUUUGGGUUAUGUUCG